UUCAUAAUAAAACGAUCUGUUGCCUGGCCCUUGUCUUCUGUUGUUACAUUUGGUGUCGCUGCCUACCGACAAAUGAAAAGCCUAUACCCUGCAGUUUUUGAUGGAGACAUAUGGAUCUUCGGGCAGGACUUCAAGGCUUCUGCGCAGUUGAGUGGCGUUCAAGAUCUGCCAGCUAUGGAGCUGCUACUUGAGACGCUGCUGGGAGGUCGGGCGAAAGCAGCAUAUGAAGGUGUCGGCCGAAGUAUGGACGAAUGUUCGACAGGGUCAGGUAAACAGUUUCCAAAGUGGGAAGGACCAUAUAUGGUCACUUCGAGAUGGGGUUACGCAGACACAGACGCAAUGGCGAACAAUGAGAGGCGCGUGAACGUCAGCGAGCUCCAGAAAUGGAUACAGCGAGACAAGCCAACGAUGACGCCUGCACCAAGUAGAUCAAGCCGACUUCAGUCGCACGUAUUUGACGGGGGGACGAGUGUGGUGAGAGCAGGCUGCUAGCCGAUUGGUUG